CUCAUUCCUCUCUUUCCGUUCUCCAAGCCCGUGCGUAAUGGUAGAGCGGAGGAUGAACUCACUAUGGAAAUGGACGCUCAUCCUCUUUGUCCUUGUCUCUAUCAUUCUCAACAUCGUCCUGAUCGGCAUCCACUCCAGCAGGGCACCCAAAUGUUCCGCUGAGCGUGUCCACCCGCUGAGGCGCAAGCACGACAAACGCAGCCUCGUGUUCGCUGACCUCACCCGGGAGGAGUACUUGCAGGUCCAGCAGUACAUGCUCACUUUGAAGGACUUGGACAUAUCCACCAACUCGCUCACCAAGCCAUCUGAGAAUUUCUUGUUUUUAAUAGAGCUAUCUCUGCCCAAGAAAGCGGACGCGCUGGCUUACUUGGACGGGAAAGGUGCCAACCCGAUUAGAGAGGCGACAGUGGUGGUCUUCUACGGUGCCCAAGGCUACAUUAAAGAGUACGUAGUAGCGCCUCUUCCCUACCCGACAUACCACAGAGAUGUCACCAUGGAGAGGUACAAGACGGAGCUUCCUAUCACUGCGCGCACGGUCACCAUCGGGGAAUACGACUUGGUUUUCAAAUUUUUGGAUGAGGUCUUCUCCAAAAUGGGGAAGAUCUUGAAGGAGAGCUUCGACGUGGGUCCAAACAAUAAGCUGCAGAUGUUCGAGCAGAUGCCCCGUGGAGUCCGGUCCGGGGACAGAAAGACCUGGAUCUCUUUCUUCAGGAAUAUGAGUGGCAUAUACAUCCAUCCGGUGGGCUUUGAGGUGCUGGUCAACCACCAGAGCGUAAACGCGUCUGCGUGGAGAGUGGAGCGGCUGCUCUAUAACGGUCAAUACUUCGACACCGUAAAAGAUCUUCAAGAUAAAUAUGAUAAAGGAUUUGUUAAGAAAAUAGUUUACAAGCAGUCGCCUGACUAUGGCUCACUGAAGCCCAGAAACAAGCCUCUGCAGAUCGGCCCGCAGCUCUUUUACGGAGAGUUUAAGCGCUACAGCAUCAGCAAUAACCACGUUGUGUACAUGGACUGGAGCUUCGCCUUUGGGCUCAGCUCUCUCACAGGCAUGAGGGUGUUCGAUGUGCGUUUUAAUGAUGAGAGGAUAGUGUACGAGCUGAGCGUACAGGAGGCCAUGUCGGUGUACGGUUCCCUGACUCCAGGGAUGAUGCUGACCAAGUUUCUGGACUCGAGCAUCGGAAUUGGGCGCUUCGCACACGAACUGGUCCGUGGUGUGGAUUGUCCCCACGAAGCAAGCUACGUGGACACAUACCGUUACAUCGAUGUCCCAGCCCCGGUCAGAGUUAGGAAUUCAAUCUGCAUAUUUGAGCACAGCAUGGGUCAGCCCUUGCGGAGGCACUUCUCUGACUUCUCCCACACCAGUUACGGGGGGAUGAUGAACAGCGCACUGGUGUUCAGGACGAUCACAGCUAUAGGAAACUAUGACUACAUGUGGGAUUUCAUCUUCUACCAGAGUGGCUCAGUGGAGGCCAAGGUGCACGCCACCGGCUACAUCGCCUCUUCUUACCUGGUGGACGGUAAUCUGAAAUACGGACACCAGGUGGCGGACAAGGUGCUGGGGAACAUCCACACCCACUUCAUCAACUUCAAGGUGGACCUGGAUGUGUUGGGAUUGAAUAAUUAUUUUCAAACGAAAGACAUGGAAUAUGUAAAUACGUCGCUGCCAUGGAUGCCUGAUCACUACGCGAUGGUCCCUCAGCUGGUGGAGAAGCAACUGAAAACCGAGCAGGAGGCAGCUCUGCAUCACGACACCAAGACUCCUCGCUAUCUCCACAUUGCCAGCAACAAGACCAACCGCUGGGGUCACCAGCGCUCCUACAGGCUGCAGGUGCUCAGCUUCACAGGAGACAACCUCCCAGAGAGCCAGGCCGAGGAGAGGGCCAUGUCCUGGGCCAGGUAUAAGGUCGCCAUCACCAAGCGUAAGGAUUUAGAGCAGACCAGCAGCAGCCUGUACAAUCAAAACAACAUCUGGACUCCAGCUGUCGACUUCAGCAAGUACAUUGCAGACAACGAAAGCAUCGAAAACGAGGACCUGGUUGCCUGGGUGACCACCGGCUUCCUUCACAUCCCCCAUGCCGAGGACAUCCCCAACACGGUAACCGUGGGCAAUGGGGGCGGGAUCCUGCUGCGUCCUCACAACUACUUUGACGAAGACCCGUCCAUCCACUCUGCUGAUGGGGUGUACAUUGCCCCGGGCAGCGAGACCAGCUGUGACAGCAACAGGAUGGCCUGCCUUGCUCAAGAGACCUGCACCCCCGUCCUCGAACCCUUCACCUACGAAGGCUUCAAUGGAGUCAUGAAGUUUGAGGAUUGGGCCUAACCUAUUAGGUACUUCUAGGUUUUAACCCUGAUGAACUCAUUGGGUUUGUUUGUCAAUCUAUCAAGAAGAUUGUGUCAAUGUUAACAUGUCAGAAAUUGAGAAAAUAUAUUUUAACAUUUUGGAAAAUAUAGAACUCCCUUUGCUUUGGAAAGUGUGAUGAGAAGAUCAAUACCACUCUCAUAUUAAGUAUAGAGCUGGAGUCAGGACGUGGCUAUCUUAGAUAAGCAUAAAGACUGAAAGUAGGGCGAAACAGCCAGUCUGGCUCUAUCCUAAGUAAACGAAAAUACACCCACCUACAAUUCUAAAAAUUAAUAUUGAACAUGCGGUAUCUCGUGUAUUCUGUACACAAACAGAAUUGUAAAACUAGAGACCAUCUGACGAUGGGAUCACAACAGCCGCAAUGUCAAACCGGGCCAGAGGCGCAAAGUGGUGGCCAAUGGCCCCUUCAUCCUCACAGACGAUCUGGCAGCCCAUGCUAUAGGUGGAGAUGCUGCACUGAUGUACUGGGCGGAUAAAUACACUUUUUUGUCAAGAAAGGUUUACAGCAUGUAACCCCCAUUUCUGUUUCUGUACCUGACAAACCAGAUACAACAUCUUAUCAGUGAGCUUUAUAGGUGCUGGUAGGUGUAUUUUUUUACUUUGGAAAGAGCCAGGCAAGCUAGCUGCUUCUCCUUACUUCCAGCUUUUAUGCUAAGCUAGGCUAACCACGUCCUGAUUCAAGCUCCGUACACACAGAGAUGGGAAUCAAUCUUCUCCUCUUACUCUUAUAUCUGAGUGUAUUUCCCAAAAUGUUAAACUAUUCUUUAUUUUUUUAAAUACCCUGUUAAUAGCCUAUAUGACUACAGAUUCCCCCUGUCCUAAUCCUAAAAUCCCUGCUAUGGACACUGGUGAAUCAUUUUAUCAGUGAACAAAGGUCAAAUUUCAAAACCAGCAGUUUUGGCUGCCACAGGAGUUGGUAUGGGCAGUUUUAAAGGUCCAUUACGUUGGUUGGCAAGUUCAUUCUCAUUCAUUACAUAAGACAUAUUCUUUAGAUAGCUGCUGGCAAUGUUUCAAAGAAUGUUAGCUUUCACAGCUAUUUCUUAUCUUCCAGGUAGUCAUGGUUUCCAAACAUUUUACUACAAAUCUGAAAACAUCCACUUACAUGUUUCACUUACUUUCAUGGCUCUGGUCUGGUCUGGUCUUUUUUGAGUAUGUGUAGUAAUGGCAGCCAUGAUUAUUGAUCAAUUAAAACAUCCUUCUUAGGAGGUGUGAUUCUGUCUUGGACAGGAAUCCUUACUUGAAAAAUACAGUAUUUAGUUUGUAACUGUAGUCUACCCAUUUUAUGUGUUCAAAGUGUGUGUGUGUGUGUGUGUGUGUGUGUGUGUGUAAAGUUUUAAAAAAAUGAUCUGUC